UGACAGUACCGCCGAACGGCGCCUGUGAGCUCACUUCAAAUAUGUUUGAACCAGUUCCCCGGAGUUUCAUAGCUCGGCUCGAUUCCAUAGUACCCGGCAGUCUGAUCUCCCGCACUCAAGACUCCAUAGUGCCAUAGCUGAAAGCUUAAUCGGCUGUACCUAGACAUUUAACGGCUUCAAAACGAAGGAGCAUGAUCUGCCGCACCUCGAAGUUUUAUCGUACCUGAAGGUUUGGUUCGGCCUUUUAUUUGCUGACAGAACAUGCUGAGUACAAGUAGUCUAAGAGAGCUCCGCGGUUCUCUCUGCCUCAACUCAUCACAUUGCAAUUCACUUCGUUUACUUAAUUCGAGAAUUAAUCUCUACUCAGCUGGGCUGGGCUCCUUUCAUCUCUACUCUUACAUUUGUUUUACUCGGCUUUCCAACUUCAGUCACCGUUCUAGUCCUUACAAGCAGACACAUUUACAAAUAUGAAGAGCUUCGCCAUCUUGUAUCUUGUCGCUGCCGUUCUGGCUGCUCCGGCUCAGGAGGCCAGCAAGUUUCCUGGUAGCGUUUCUGCGGCAGCUAAUUCUACUACUGCCGCAGGCAGCUGCAGCCAGACUCAGACACAGCUCCAGCAAGGAAUCCAGAAGAACCUAGAUAUCCAGGCUAAGGAACUUAUCGGUGUUCAAUCCCUCCAGAAGAUGUCUCAAGCCGGCACUGCGCAGGCAACAACAUUCCAAGCGAUGCAGAUCUCCGUCCUCGACAUCCAGCAGAAGGGCGUCAACAUCCGUGCCAACAACCAGAAGCUCGCUCAGCAAAUCAACAGCCCCGCUUCUGCUGGCCUGGCCACUGUUGCUAUGGCCCAGACUCUUGAGAUAAGCCAGGUCUUGAAACUCAACGGGAACGCCACCGAUGCGACUACGCUGCAGAUGCUGGUCACCGAGGUGCAGGGUGGCACCCAGCAGAACCAGAAGAACUUGGCUGCUGCUAAGUCUCAGAAUUGCGCGAACUGAGGAGAGGACGUUCAGAAUAGUGUCUGCUAAUGUACCUCGAUACUAGUACUGAAACUAUCGUACCAGACCUAUAAAUAAUAAUGAAAAUAUUGUCCUACCUCAC